AUGGCACAUAGGAAGUUACAACAGGAAGUCGAUAAAGUCUUUAAAAAGAUUAAUGAAGGUCUGGAAAUCUUCGACACUUAUUAUGAAAGACAUGAUGCUUGUAAUAAUAAUCCUUCACAAAAGGAUAAAUUAGAAUCAGAUUUGAAAAGAGAAGUGAAAAAAUUACAACGGUUAAGAGAACAAAUUAAAUCGUGGCAAGGGUCUCCAGAAAUUAAAGAUAAAGAUUCUUUAUUAAAUUAUAGAAAAUUAGUGGAAAUUGCAAUGGAAAAAUAUAAAGCUGUGGAAAAAGCUUCAAAAGAAAAAGCUUAUUCAAAUAUUAGUUUAAAAAAAUCAGAUAUUUUGGAUCCAGAAGAACAAGAAAGACAAGAAGUUUCAAAUUAUUUAUCACAACAAAUUGAUGAAUUAGAGAGACAAUAUGAUCUUUUGCAAUUAGACAUUGAUAAAUUAUUUGCAUUAAAUAAGAAAAAAAAAUCUUUUUCGAUACUUAAUGAAGAAAAAAUAGAAAAUUUAAAAGUUUUACAAAUUAGAUACAGAUGGCAUCAACAACAAAUGGAAUUAGCUUUAAGAUUGUUAGCUAAUGAAGAAUUGGAUCCUGAAAAUGUUAAUGAAAUCAAAGAUGAUAUUAAUUAUUAUAUUGAAUCAAAUCAAGACGAUGGGUUUAUUGAAGAUGAAUCAAUUUAUGACAAUUUAGAUUUAAAUUCAAAUGAAGCUAUCGCUCAUGAAGUUUCACAAUCUUUUGCUUUAAGAAAUGAAGAAAAUUUAAAUAAUAUUGGCAACACAAUGAAUAAUGAUGACAAUACAACUAAUAAUAAUGAUAAUACAAAUAUUUCACUGUCAAUGUCUCAAGAUAUAGAUUCCUCAAAAUUAUCUAAAAAGGAAUUAAGACGACUCGAAAGAGAUGCUAAAAAAGCUGCUAAAUUAGCUGCUAAAAAUGCAGCUGCUCAAAGUUUAUCAGAAGGACCAACGAUAUCAAUUAAAGCAGAUCCAACACCAAGAGGUGGGUCGCCAAAGAGAGAAAUGUCAAUUGAACCAAAUCAACAAAGUAGUCCGCUACCGAUUAAAUCAACUGCUCCAAUAAUAUCGUCAUCAAAGAAUGAAACAACUAGUACGCCGAUUAAUAGUUCAAAAGUUAAUGAAACCCCACAAACGCCGACACCUAAUAGAGUUUCACCAAAUACUAUUACUUUCAAACCUGUCACUGUUCCAGCAAGACCUGCAGGUGAAUUGAAAUGGUCAGAUGCGGCUGCAAUGAAUAUGGAUUUAGAAAAGAAAUCUUUACCUGAUGGAACCACAAUAACACCAGCUAAUGAAGGUAAACUUUUCAGUAAUAACAGCACCCCUACAUUGAAUACACCAUCGUUAGCUAGUCUAUCGGAUAAAUCAAAAACAAACACUUUUGAAACUUUGAAUCAACCACAAUCAAUGACAUCUGUCACGGCUGCUGCUGUCUUAGCUGCAGGUGCCGCAGCUGUGAAUCAAAAUAAUCAACAGUUCCAUCGAAAUCUAACUCAUUCAAAUCCAACUAACUUAAAUAAUUCAGCUAAUAAUACGAUACAACAAGUACCUAUAGAUGGAAUUUCUACUUCCGAUAACAAAGAACAUGAAGUUGUAUCAAAUGAACCAACUUCUUUAGAAGAAUCAUCAAAACAAGAUGAAUCGGAAGAUUAUGAACAAGAUUUGGAUCUUCCAUUGACACCUUCAAUGGCUUAUAGUGAUUUAGAAAACUAUGAUAUUGAUUUAUCAAAGAAUAUAUUAUCAUUAACAGACGGACAAAAACUUAUAAAAGAAAAUUCCCGUGGUGCUUUGAAAUCUAAUUAUGAAAAUGCAUUUGAUACAUUAGGGUUACCUAAUGGUAUCAAAGAAUUUAUUAUGGGUUAUGAAAUUUAUAAUAACAAUUUAUCUCCAAAUGAUGGUAAAUUGGGAGGUUAUAGAAGAAGUGUGGAUCUUUGUUGCAUGGAUCGUUUAUACGAUGCCCCUUCUGGGGUGAACCCUCCAAAUCCACUAGAUGCAUUUAGAUCUACUAAUCAAUGGGAUGUUAUUAGAUGUGGUAUUGAUACGACUCAAAAUGAUUUAUCCUUUAAUAAGAUAACAGAACAUUUUAAAGGUUUGGAAAUGUUUACAUUAUUCUAUAACUAUUAUUUUGCUGUAACUCCUUUGGAAAGAAAAAUUGCAAAGACCGUCUUAAGACAACGUGGUUGGAAAAUAUCAAUUGGACAAACGAUGUGGUUUUCUAGAGAUGGUGAAACUAAAUUUUCUAAUGAAAAGUUUGAAAUUGGUGAUUUUAAAAUUUUUAAAUUAGAUACUUGGACAGUUAUUGAGAAAGUCAACUUCAAAUUGGAAUACAGUACUCUUCCAAUAGAAGAAUUGUGGGAUCUUGAAGACCCACAAAAUGUAGCAGCUAACACUUCAAUGGGUGUUAAUAAUGAUGCCGAUACAGACCUAUCUCAUGGUCAUCAAUUGCUACAACAAUUAAAAUUAGGGAAAGUGUAA